CCAAAACGCCGAGGCUGUCCCGGGCCAGACGCAGCGAGCACCCGCACACGGCAACGGCAGCAAAGCAAACCUACCCGACCCCGGGACCCCGAACCGAGCUAUCCACACCACUUUCAACCACCGCCGUGCCCAAGAUCCCGCGCCCGCACCCGCACCCGCCGCAAUGUCUCUUGACCCUCCCCCCUUCCUCGCAUCGCUCCAGAACAACAUCCGCCAGCGGCCCAUCCCCUGGGAAGGCGCCGUCCGGGCCAACGUCCUGACCGAUGACCAGCUCAAGCGCAUCCGCGCCGUCGACAAGGCCAAGCCCGACGCCCGCCGCCGGAUGGUCGAGGCCGAUCUGGACGGCUACUGCGCCCUGUUCGUCGGCGAGCCCGGCAAGUCCAGCCUGCUCGAGUCUUCAAACAGCCAGUCCAACUACAAUAUCGUCCGCAACAUCCUGGUCCUGCUGAGCGACCUGCUCGACGCCGUGCCCCCACUGGCCAAGGCCCUGUUCCGGGACUCGGACCCCUACCGCCACUUCCUGCCGCUGCUGGCCCAGACCUCGGGGCCCGACGACCCCAUCCCCAUCCCCCUGCUGACGUCCACCGUCCUCGCCGCCCUGGCGGCCAGCACCCGGGACGAGUCGCCCGCCACGGUCCAGAAGGCCCUGCCCGUCAUCCUGAGCUACCUGUCCACCCUGACCAAGAACUCGGACGCGGGCCUGCAGGACAUUGGCGUCCAGCAGUACUCGCUCCUGUUGUACGGCUCCAAGUCGCGCCGCCAGUUCUGGUCCCAGAGGAGCGAGACGGUCGCCCCGCUGAUCGACAUCCUCUGCACCGCCGCCGGCUCGUCCAACGGCGACUCGUCGAGCCUCCGGGGCAGCUUGCGCGGCAGCAGCGUCAUCGAGGGCUCCAUCGGGGGCGGCGUGGGCAUACAGCUGCUCUACCAUGUCCUCUUAGUGCUGUGGCAGCUCUCUUUUGAGGCCGAGGAGGUCGGUUGCGACCUAGAAGAGGAGUACAACAUCAUCUCGCUCUACACCCAGCUCCUGAAGCUCUCGCCCAAGGAGAAGACGACGCGCCUCCUCGUGUCGACCUUGCACAACCUGCUGUCGGCGAACCGGGCGAGCCUGCUGCCGGUGGCGACCCUGGCGCGGCUCCCCGGGUUCCUGGCGACGCUGUCGUCGCGGCAGCUGACGGACCCGGACCUGCUCGAGGACCUGAAGCAGCUCCGGGAGAUAGUGGAGGAGUACAUGACGACCAAGACGACGUUCGACGAGUACGCGGCCGAGGUGCGGCUGGGCCACCUGCGCUGGUCGCCGCCGCACCGCAGCCAGGCCUUCUGGGCCGAGAACGCGCGCAGGAUCCUCGAGGAGAACAACGGCGAGGUGGUGCGGCAGCUGGCCGACAUCAUGAAGAAGCCGUGGGACGGUGACAAGCAGGUGCUGGCCAUCGCGUGCAACGACGUGGGCGCCCUCGUGCGCGAGGUGCCCGAGCGCCGCUCCCAGCUGGAGCGCCUCGGCCUCAAGACGCGCGUCAUGGAGCUCAUGGGCGAGGCUGACGAGAACGUCCGGUGGGAGAGCCUGAGGGCCCUGGGCGGCUGGCUCAAGUACAGUUUUGAGAACAGCAACGGCGUCGGCGGCAACAGCAAAUAAGCGGGUUCGAGUGCUCGGCUUCUUUUCAUGUUUUUUUUUGUCAGUCAGUUUAGGGCUGGCUCCUCGGCUCUGUGACCCAAAUGUGAGGCAUCACAGGUGAUUGCAUAUGCCAUUGUCUCUCUUGCUCGCUCGCUGGGUGUGAUAUUGGGGGUGUGUGGUGGGGAUUUGUCAUGGCUAUCUCCUGAAGUCUUGGGUGCUGGUCUCAUCAUCGUCAUGGUGUAUGUUUUUGUCUCCAUGUUUUGUUGGGUUAUCUUGAGCACGGUCUCGCAUGACUGUUUUUCGAAAGCAGCAUUGAUUUGUUACUGCAUGUCUGUCACGCUCCUACGGAUUUGAAAAGUGGUUGGGCACGGGCGUGAGCCUGAUAGCAGCUUGGUGAAGAGGCUGCCAGCUGAAAAGUUCACUGUUGGUUUUGCCUGGCGAGAGACGGCCCCGACUUGUACUUUACCUUGGGGAUUUCAUUUAACGGCCUGUAAAACAGAUGGCAUAUCCUCGACGUUCGCGCCGCCCAUUCAUGCAAGGUUCAUAUCUUUACAUAUCUGAUCCUCCCGCCGGUUUUCCUUAACAUCUGCCAAAUGCAUAUAAAAGUUAGAAGCAAAGAUAGGAAGCAGGAAAGAUGACUUGGAGGAUGCGUUUGGAUAAUGGGUUCUGCUCCCCGAUUCUCGGCCUGGCUGCAAAAUGCGCCCACACCUUCAUCCGCCUGUUGCCCCGCAGUCGAGCACAUGCAGAUGAAGCGUGAAGGUCGAUGGCAAAGCAAAUCCAACAGCUCAGCUGAACUGAAUGCCACAACGAUGGGAUAUAUAAACUUGCAGACCAAUGGAUGAGAAGCAAGAAUCGGAGCAAGUCAAUAACAAAUGUGUCCAUAGUGUUCAAAUUCAAC